GAAAUGGAGGGAGAAGAGCCGAUGGCUUCCCGGGUCUCAGAACUGAGAGUUGCAGGUGCUGGCAUCUCUCAGAGCCAGGAGCUCGCCGGGUUAGGUGAAGGCAGUCGUGAUCCCGGCGCUGCCUCGGCCCUUUGUAGUCUUGAGGUUUUGAGCUGCCCCUCUUGCCUGAUGAGGAUGCGAGCAUUAAAAUGAAAAGAUGUCCUUGUACGACGAUCUAGGAGUGGAGACCAGUGACUCAAAAACAGAAGGCUGGUCCAAAAACUUCAAGCUUCUGCAGUCUCAGCUUCAAGUGAAGAAGGCAGCUCUCACUCAAGCAAAGAGCCAAAGAACAAAACAAAGUACAGUGCUUGCCCCAGUCAUUGACCUGAAGCGAGGUGGCUCCUCAGAUGAUCGUCAAAUUGUGGACACACCACCACAUGUAGCAGCUGGGUUAAAGGACCCUGUUCCCAGUGGAUUUUCUGCAGGAGAAGUUCUGAUUCCCUUAGCUGAUGAAUAUGAUCCCAUGUUUCCUAAUGAUUAUGAGAAAGUAGUGAAGCGCCAAAGAGAGGAACGACAGAGACAGCGGGAGCUGGAAAGGCAAAAGGAAAUAGAGGAAAGGGAAAAGAGGCGUAAAGAUAGACAUGAAGCUAGUGGGUUUUCAAGGCGACCUGACCCAGAUUCUGAUGAAGAUGAAGAUUAUGAGCGGGAGAGGAGGAAAAGAAGUAUGGGCGGUGCUGCCAUUGCCCCACCUACUUCUCUUGUAGAGAAAGACAAAGAAUUACCCCGAGAUUUUCCUUAUGAAGAAGACUCCAGACCUCGAUCCCAGUCUUCCAAAGCUGCCAUUCCUCCCCCAGUGUAUGAAGAACAGGACAGACCGAGAUCUCCAACUGGGCCUAGCAACUCUUUCCUUGCUAACAUGGGUGGCACGGUAGCACAUAAGAUCAUGCAGAAGUACGGCUUCCGGGAAGGCCAGGGUCUGGGAAAACAUGAGCAGGGACUGAGCACUGCGUUGUCAGUGGAGAAGACCAGCAAGCGGGGCGGCAAAAUAAUUGUGGGUGACGCGAUGGAGAAGGGUGAAUCUCAGGAUGCAUCUAAGAAGUCGGAUUCAAAUCCAUUGACUGAAAUACUUAAGUGUCCCACUAAAGUCGUCCUACUAAGGAACAUGGUUGGUGCAGGAGAGGUAGAUGAAGACUUGGAAGUUGAAACCAAGGAAGAAUGUGAAAAAUAUGGCAAAGUUGGAAAAUGUGUGAUAUUUGAAAUUCCUGGUGCCCCUGAUGAUGAAGCAGUACGAAUAUUUUUAGAAUUUGAGAGAGUUGAGUCAGCAAUCAAAGCUGUUGUUGAUCUGAAUGGGAGGUAUUUUGGUGGACGUGUGGUAAAAGCAUGUUUCUACAAUUUGGAUAAAUUUAGGGUUUUGGAUUUGGCAGAGCAGGUUUGACUUUAAGAACUAGAGUGCAAGUCAUCUCCAGUGAUCCUUAAAUUAACUGCAGACUGAGCAGAGGAGAAGGAAUGGUAAAAGCCUUCGUGACUGUUGAUACUGAGACUCUUGGAAGGACUUCUAAGAUAUAUGUUGGUUUAUCCCUUUUUUAUCUUGUGGCUUUUUAAUAUAGCAUAAAAAUCCUUUUAAAAAAAACAACAAUUGUGUGCCUCUCUGAUUGUUCCUCUUUUUUAUUACUACUUCUGAGUUCAUUACUCUUGCUAGAAUUUCAUGGUAAUUUUCAAGUGCUUUGAUGAUGCAGCAUAUCUUGCACUAAAAAAACUAGGGCGUUUUGGGACGUGGGGUUGUAUUAAAUUAUCCUUUGUUUUUCUUUCUCCCCUUUCCCUUUUUAAUAAAGCCUAGAAGUUAUUAAACUAGUUCAUAAAUUCUGUAAUAAAGUAGCAUCUUGGCAGUCUGCCAGAGAUGAAAAUGUCUGCUUUCUCUAACAGAGAAAUUCUUUUCAGUGACUCCAGUCAUAGAAAAAACUCUGCAGCCUGAGCUAAGAAUAGUGAGCCAGCCAUGACCUAUUUGGAUGAAUAAUUUGUCAUUCAGCUAAGUCAGACUGUAGGGUUUGUAGUGGAUUUAUGGAACGUGUGGGUAUAGAAAUCAUGAAUCACUUGUUUUCAGAGAUUCAAGCUUAGUCUUUAGGGUAGAUCAGAAAUGACAAAUUAAUUCAGAACCUAACUGUUAAGUUGAAAAUAUGUACCCAAUUAUGUUUGGGUAAUGGCAAUUCUAUGGGGUCUUGUUUCUAUUGGCCAAAAUCCAGCAAUGUUAAUUCUAUUAUAUGUAAUUUUAAAAUUUAUAAAACUCAACCCUUUCAUCUACUUUAGAAUUGUACUGCAAAUUAAUAUGGUUUCUGGAAAUGUGAAAAGUUGUACCACUGAAGUGCAUUGAUAAAUGGGGCUAAAAAUUUAGCAGGGCAACACAAAAAAAUAUUCAUUGCUGAAGUUCAUUGCCAGAGCAAUGGAUGUUUCCAAAAAAAUAUUCAAGCUUAUGAUCUGUUCCUUGCUUUUCCCAAAUAUUGCAUGUGACUUUCUUUGAAGUGGCAACUGAGGGACCCGAACCUCUGUUGUCUCUGUAGGUUGUUAUGACAUGAACGUGCACUGUGACCCUUGGGGGGAAAGCUCAACAUUGUUUGCAUCCAUGGACUUGGUUUGGAGACAGGAAUAUUUUGACCCUUUUUACAAAAGGAUUUUCUCAUGUUUUUAUUUAACAUAAGUAAAGAAAUAACAUUUUAUCUUUGGUGGUAUUAUUUUAAAUAAAAUUAGGACUGGAGUUCUGUGAUAAAAGUGCUGUUAAAUAAGGUAAGUUGAGUUAGAGAAUAUAAGAUACAAAGAACUGCAUAAGUGGAUGUUUAACAGGACCAUAAGAAUUCAAAGCAGUCAUGAAACUGCCCUGUUCUACCUGUGGGAUUAGGUGGAUGAAUAUAAAGACCAUGUUUGAACUUACAGGUAUCUAAAUGCCAUAUAUUAUGAUAUAGUUUAAUUUGUAUAUCUUUCUGCCCAGUCUCUUUAAUUACUACUUUAUAAAUUAUCCACAUCUUACUUAGUCAUUUAGUACAUUAUAUGUCAUGAGUUUCUGGCAUAGGGAUCCAACUUCUACAUCUGCAAAUGAACCUUGAGAAAUUUGAAAUUUUCAGUGGUAACUAAAAUUCAAAUUAAUUUCAACACAACAGUUUUAAUAUAAGCUACCACAUAACUAGCCGAGUUCACUGUGGUAGGCAUUUGUCAUUCUUUGUGCCCCAUCAGUGAAUUUUUAAUAUUUAUUUGAAAGGCAGAAUUAGAGAAGAGGCAGAGAUCUUCUGUCUGCUAAUUCACUCACCAAAUGGCUGCAACAGCCAGGGCUGGGCCAGGCUGAAGCCAGGAGCCUGGAACUCCAUCCAGAUCUCCCACGUGGGUGGCAGGGGCCCAAGUACUUUAGUUAUAUUCCACUGCUUUCCCAGGAACAUUAGAAGGGAGCUGGAUCAGAAGUGGAGCAGCUGAGAUUCGAACAUGAGAUGCUGGUGUUUCAAGCAGCAGCUUAACUUUCUGCACCACAAUGCUAGCCCAUCCCCAUAACUUUUUUUGUUUGUUUGUUUAAUAUUUAUUUGACAGGCAGAGUUAGAGGUCUUCUAUCCACUGGUUCAUUCCCCAGAUGGCCACAAUGGCCAAAGCUGUGCCUAUCCAAGGCCAGGAGCUUCUUCUGGGUCUCCCACACGAGUGCAGGGGUCAAGGGACUUGGGCCAUCAUCUUCUGCUUUCUCAGGCCAUAGCAGAGAGCUGGAUUCCAAGUGGAGUAGCCAGGACUUGAACCCGUGUCCAUAUGGGAUGCCAGCACUGCAGUCGACAGCUUAACCGGCUAUGCCACAGCACUGUCCCCCCCCCCCCAUAAUAUUUUUGAAGCAUCAAUGAUUUUAUCAUUCCCCACCCAAACUCCAGUAUAAGUUUGAUAUUUAUUAAAUUUUAGAAAAUUUGAUUCUCUGAUAUUCUGUUCAACCUGAUGUUAGUGCCUCAAACCAUAUCCUAUUCGGAUAUGUUGUAACAAGUUAGCAUAAAUUUAUUUUGGUGCAAUAAUUUUGAGAUCCAUGUAAAUAUUUUUAUAAUCAUACAUUUUUCAAGCUUUUGAAGAUUCCUCCUAACUGGGCAAUGAGAAUGCUAAGAACUGCUGGUUAUUCCUUAGGCACCUGUAGUGUUGAAUCCAGACGAAACAGUUCAGAUCUUAGUUUACCACUUAACUGUGUGCCCAAUUACCUCACUUGAAAAUUCAAAUCAUGCCUACUUGGGAUUGUUAGGAUUAAAUGAAUCAUAUGUUGUCUGCCAUAAACUCUUUCAGCUGCUAUAGCAAAACGCCAUAAACUCAGUCUCUUACAAAUAAGAGACAUUUAUUUCUUUGAGUUCCAGAACAUGAGAAGUACAAGAUCAAGGCAAGAGCAGUGUCAGUUUUAUCUGGUUCAUAGAUGACCAUCUUCUCCUUAAGUUUGUAAUAUAUUUACUUGUGUUUGUCACAUUCUUCAUUGCAUCAGGAUCCUGCAGCCUCCUAAAUGAUUUUUUAAUUUAUCUAUAUGAAGGUUAUUUUGGGUGUACUGCAAACUUUUAAAGAGUUUUGGCAUGUUGAACAUCUGUGUUCACUAUUACAAUAUCAUACAGAAUAGUUUCACUCCCCUUAAAAUAACAGUCCUCUGUGCUUUACCUAUGUAUUCAAUUCUCACCCCACCUCCAUCCCUGGCAACUACUUUUCCAGAAUCUCAUACUACUGGAGCCAUGCUAUAUGCAGUUUGUUGUUUUUUUACAGUGGCUUUUUUUCACCUAGUAAUGGUGCAUUUAAUUAAAAUUCAUCCAUAUCUUUUUGUGGCUCGGUAGCUAGCUCAGUUUUUUUUUUUUUUUAAUCAGUGAAUAAUGCUUUAUUGUGUCGAUGUACCAGUUUGUUCAUUCAUCUAUUGAAGAACAUUGUGGUUACUUCUAGGCUGUGGCAGUUAUGAAUAAAACUGCUAUAAACAUCCAUGUGGAGGUUUUUUGUGGACAUUAGUUGUGUAAACAUGAAGGAGUGUGGUCGCUGGCUUGCAUGGAAACCCUUGUCUUUUCCAUAUUUGCAGACUCUCCCUGUACUGGCAUGUAAUAAACAUGCUCAAAUUUCUCCCUCUUUAGAGAAGAAAAAAAAAGGUCAAGCCCUUGAAUAUUUAGGUCACCUGCUACUCCCCCAUGUCUAUUUUCAUAGCCAGGCUUCCUACCACCAUGCUCAGAUUAGCUCUUGCAUUCAGCCUGCACUCGCGGAGUGAAGAGUAUAUUUGAUCACAAAUUAGACCUCUCCUUCCACUAGGCCCCGUUAAUUGCAGUUGGAGAUCAAUGUGGCCCAUAUAUAAUGGACCCUCGUUACUUUGUUCUUCUCAGCUGUUUAUGGUGUUUGACACUAAGCCACUGCCUCCUUGAGGACUGAGAGAGAUCACUGUUCCCUCUGGUGUUUCCCUUUAUUAUUGCUCACUCUUCCUCACUCUCCAGCUGUUUACCCUGACCUUAAGCUUCCUCUCUGACCAAUACAGCUCUUGAUCUUGCCAGUCUUCAUUAGGAAACUUGGAAUCUAUAACCAACUGCCUACUAGGUAGAUACCAUCACUUGAGUUGAAACACGUGUUCCAAACUUAAUUAUUUUUCCCUUUGAAACCCCCUGCUACUAAAUUUCUAGUUUGGAGAGAAGCAUUACCUAUUAAUGCAUCCAAGUCAGAAACUAGGAACUGUUCCUCCCUUUUGUAUUCCAACCCAUUUCUUUUCCAUCUUAUGUAUUAGCCCAAUGGGAUUCUAUUAUCUCCCGUCCUCUUUAUAGACCCAUGGCUCCAGCUGAACUCUGUUGUUGCACUCUCAUUCCUCUGGUCUGCCAAGACAACACCCUAGCUGUUCAGGCUACUGUCUUAUAUAAAAAUCUUUGCAUCUCCACAGCAGGUCUAGAUUCGUGCUGGUAAGCUGAAGACUUCUUGGCCACUCUUGUGCACGUUCUUACUGCAUCACCUUAUGUUCCAGCAGGGGAGUCCCUGGCAUUCAUUUUUGCUCAUGUUCUCUCUGGAGAAUUGUCUCAGCCCUCCACUCGUCCAACAGUUAACCUUGUGCCUAGUAAGUGGCUCUUCAAGCUAGAUGUAUUAGCACCACAAGCCUUUGCAUGAAAAAUAGCAGUCUUCUAGUCUAUGUCCCCUGUGGUAACUACAUGUUAACUUUUUUACUUGGAUUCCUUCUCAACUCCACCUCUUUUUCUAAAGACAUCUUUUUUAAAGAUUUUAUUCAUUUCAGAGGCAGAUCUGUGCCUCUUGUUCACUUGUUCACUUCCCAAAUGCCCACAACAGCCAGGGUUGGGCCAGACCAAAACCAGGAUCCCAGAACUCAUUCUCCUGUGGGUUGCAGGGAUUCAACUACUUGAGCCAAUGCCUGCUGCCUCCCAAGGUGCACAUUAGCAAGAAGCUGGAAUCAAGCUUGGCUAGGACUUGAACCCAGGCACUCCAAUAUGAAAUGUGGGCAUUCCAAGUGGUGGCUUAACAGCUCUGCCAGAUACCCAUACAUCUUUACAAAGCUGCUUUUCUUCCUAGGUAGAUGUGUCAGAAUGGUCUGUACUAGUCCCUAAAUUUCCAUCCAGUACUCAACCCACUGUAACUCAGGGAGUAAAUAAAGAAGAUAACAUUGGCUCAAGGAAACAGAAGUCAAUGUAGGAGAGAAGGAAAGUAAUUCUCAAGAUGAUAAAUCAAGGAAGUCUUGGUCUGGUACUGUGCAGAGGCCUAGAGAACCCUCAGUGCAGAUGAGAACAGGAAGGUGGGACUUCGGGUAUUCCAUACUCUGACUCAAUUCAGGGAAAAUGUUAAGUUGUAUAAUAAUGAGAAUUAUGGUAUACAAUUAGCUUGGCUGAAAGUAACAUGUACAGUGUCAUAAAAGACUAAUUGCAAGCUUGUUUAUGAAUGUUGCUUUAUGACUGGAGAGAACUAAGGGAGGUGUUGGAAGUCUAAAGUCUUCAUUCUGUGCGUUUAGGAUGGACUCUUUCCAUCCAUCCUUCAUAUCCUUUGAUUCUGGAAGCUGUUCUUUAUUUCCUUGAUAAUUUCCUCCCCUUUAUUGUAUUUCUAUUUCUGGAAUUUUUGUUAGUCAAUUUAUUUCUGGAUUAGUCUUGUUCUCUCUUAUUGUCUGAUCCUCAGAGGUACUAAGAUAUGGAAGUGACUGAACCCUACACCAGAGCCUUAUGAGUCUGGAUUAUGUAAAUGAUGCUGUGUGUAGUGGUAGUAAAGUUUAAACAUUUAAAAUCUGUUGAACAAGAAUGAAUUUAAUAUAAAUGCAUGUAUUGACAAUAUGAGGAAAUCAAUGAUUUCUUUCUAAAGUAUAUUCCUCUUAGUACUAAGUAUUUGAAAAUUUUAAAGGUUGUUUUAGUAUGUAAUAUUUGUACAUUUUUAUGGGGUGCAGUGUAAUUUUUUUUUAAAGUCAUGGUUAAGGGCAUGGAUUUGGUGUCUCAGAGAGCUGUGUUCCACUCCUGACUCUCCAUGUUUUUGUUUGUUUUUAAAAUAUUUAUUUGAAAGAGUUACAUAGAGAGAUCUUCCAUCCAUUGGUUCACUCUCCAGAUGGCUGCAAUGGCCAGUGCUGGGCCAAACAGAAGCAGGGAGCUUCUUCCAGGUCUCCCAUGUGGGUGACAGGGGCUCAAGCACUUAGGUCGUCUUCUGCUUUCCUAGGCCCUUAGCAGGGGUACUGAUCAGAAGUGGAACAGCCAGGACAUGAACCAGCGCCCAUAUGGGAUGCCAGCAUUGAGGCUUUCUUUACCCUUUGUUCCACACCAGCCUCCAGUGUAAUAUCUCAACACACAGAAACAGCAUGAAAUGAUCAAGUUGGGUUACUCGCACUUCCAUUUCCUUAGCAAUACUCGUUUGGAACCUUCUAGGUUCUCCUAAUAAAAAUAUGUUGCUGUGAGCUAUAGUCACUCUCUUGUGCUGUGGAACAUUAGAACUUACUCCUUCUGUCUGUUUUGUUAGCCCAUUAUCUAGCUCCCUCCCUCCCCCGCUCCCUGCCCCCAAGCUCUGGUAAUCAUUCUACAUUCAGAUCAACUUUGUUUAACUUCCAUAUAUGACAGAGAACAUGUGAUAUUUGGCUUUCUGUGACUGACCAGUUUCAUCCAUUUUGCAGAAAGUGAUAGGAUUUUGUUUUUUCCGUGGCUAAAUAUUUCAUUAUGUAUGUAGACCAUCUGUAUUCACCCACUGAUGGACAUCGUUGAUUCUGUAUCAUUGCUGUUGUGAGUAGAGCUGUGAUAAACAUGGAGGUACAGGUGUCCUCUUUGAUAGGCUGAUUUCAUUUCCUUCAGAUACCUACCCAGAAGUGGGAUUAGCUGGGCCACAUAGGUGAGCUACUGUUAGAUUUUUGAGGAAGCUGCCUGCUGUUCUCCAUGGUGGUUGAAUUAAUUUGCAUUUCAGUCAACAGUGUGUGUAAGGGUUUCCUUUUCUCUGCAUCCUUGCCAGUGUUGUGGAUUUGGUUUUUUUUUGUUUGUUUUUUGUCUUUUUGGUAAUAACUACUGGAGUACUAUGAUACCUCAUUGUGAUUUUAGUUUGCACUUCUCUAAUUAUUGGUGAUAUUGAACAUUUUCUCGUAUAUUUUUUGGCCAUUUGUAGUUCUUUUUAGUCAGUACUCAAUUAUUAUGCUAGAGCUGUUAUUUGCUAAAUGAAGAGCAACACAUAGCCACUGUUCCAUGAAAUACUAAGCUCCCUUUGUUUUGGUUAUCAGACAUUCACAAAAUAGAAACCAUGUUUUUAAAAAAAGUAACCUAAAACUGUUCUUUUUUAAUCGUGAGAAGGGAAGGGAUUGGAGAAAUAUUUUUUGUGUAGAAUGCCUUGGGUUCAUGAAACAAUAAGUGAGACCGUGUUAUGUUAGUGUCCCUUUAAAAGAUACACAAUCUGCUGAUAUUAUAAAAUAUUCUCAGGGUACCAACGACUUCCUGGUUUGGUAACAACUGGGUCUUUUUCUUUAGUAACCACCUUUACUCCCCUCCUCUGUGCUUUCACAUGAUAUUAAAAGUGCUUCUUAUUAAAUCUCUAUCAUCCUCUCUUCCUGUUGUGUUUGACCCCACACAUCCUCCUGUCUGAGCUGAAGUUUUCAGUUUCUGAAAAACUAAGGUAGCAUCUGCUGUCCACCCAUGGAUAAGGUCUGUGACAAACCCAAGCGUGUGCCUGGCUUGCUGAAACCAGAUCUUACAGAAGGGAAGGAAAUGAGUUCAUAAGAAUGGCAUUGCUAAGGGGACUUGAUUACUGAUUUCUCAUAGAAAAACAAAAGGGACAAGUGAAAUCCAGUUCUAAUAAUUUGGCCAAAACAAAUAAAUGAAGACUUGCUUUGCAGAUACUUUGCAAGUAGUGUACUUAGGACAAGAUUAGGAACUGAAAAAAAAAUCACACUGAUGUUGAGUUGUUUCUGAUGUGAACUGAUUGUGGGUCAACAAAUCACCCUAGAUGAAAGUUUGUAUGAAUAUUUCAUGAAGGUCCAACUGCAUUAAGUUAUUCAAGCAAUUUUGCCUAAUUAUCAAAACUUGGGUUGGAAAGCUCAGGGUGGUGGUGGUUGGAAUUUUCAGCUUUUGAUCAACUUUAUAUCUGUAUGUAAUUAUAAAAUCAACCAAGUACUGAAAGAUUUGUAGUAAAUUGGAAUAGUGUUCUGCCACCAUCAUUCCUGUUCCCCGGGUAAAACUGUCUUUUUUAUUUACUUCCCUAUUUUAACUCACUUGCUUAUAAUGCCAUUUCUUGAUUUAUUAUUUUUUUGACAUUUUUCUAAUGAUUUUCUGUUAGAGGAGAGGAAGAUUUAGUUCUCUUAAGCAAGUGCAUUCCCCUUUUUUCUUCCUCUAUUCUAAUAUAUUCACAUCAAUAUUUUUUAUUAAAGACAUUGUCUCUGUUAACACUAUUGCAUAAAUAUUGUUUCACUUAUGAGCCAAUACUAUGUUUUAAAGGUUUGUUUAUUUAUUUAUUUGAAAGGCAGAGGCAGAGAGAGAGAGAGAGAGAGAGGUCUUCCAUCUGCUGGUUCACUCCCUGGAUGGCUGCAACGACCAGAGCUGGGCCGAUCCGAAGCCAGGAGCCAGGAGCUUCCUUCAAGUCUCCCAUGUAUUUGCAGGGCCCCAAGGACUUCAGCCAUCUUCUACUGCUUUCCCAGGCCAUAGCAGAGAGCUGGAUCAGAAGUGGAGCAGCGGGACUCAAACUGGCACCCAUAUGGGAUGCCAGCAUGCAGCACUAUGCCAUAGCGCUGUCACCUAUUUUCUUAUAUAACUGGAUUUUCCUAGAGUAGUUGUAACUGCCCAGUGCUUUAAAUAUUGUUUAGUUUAUGUAUUUAUCUUACAUUUUAAAAAGAUUUAUUUGAGAGGCAGAAUGACAGAGGGAGAGACAGAUCUUCAUCUGCUGGUUCACUGCCCUAACUGGCUGCCAUAGCCAGCUUUGGGCUAUCCUCCGCUGCCUUCCCAGGCACGUUAGCAGGAAGCUAGAUGGGAAGUGAAGCAGCCAGGACUCGAACCAGUACUCCAUUGUGGGAUGCUGGCAUUGCGAACAGCAAUUUAAACCCACUGUGCCACAAUGCUAGCUCCUUAAAUUUUUUUCUAAUUGUGUUUGAUUUUAUCUGCCAUUAUUUUUCUUUUCGGAAGACCAGGUAUGUUAGUUAAUCUUUUAGCUUUGUAUUUUUCCUCGAGACCUCUCUAGAGUCUGCAGGCCUGCUUCCCCAGUCUGGAUGGAUCUUUUGCUCAGUUUGCUGCCUUUUGCUAUCUUGAGUCUUCCUUUGGAUGUGUAUCUGGAACCCUUAUUUUUAGAAUCUUCCAUGGUCCCUGUGCUUGGCCCCUGUUCUUCCUUUAACAGACUCCUCCCAGGAAUUCCAUUAGGCUGCUUUUAGUUUUUGCAUGUCUGAAAAUGCCAUUAUUCUGUCCCCACUGUUGAAUUUUAUCCCAUGAUAUGUAUGACUGGGUUUCAGUUGCAUUCCAUCAGACUUCUCAGCUAUUACUCCAUUUCACUUUACUUCCAGCAGUUGAUGUUGAGGAGUCUAGUGCCAUCCUAAUUUUUCUUUAACAUGUCUCUUUCUCUCUGGAAACUUUGAAGGGAAAAAAAUCAUCUCCAGUGUUCAGAAAUGUAGUGAUCUGGUUGGCUCUUUCAGAAUAGUGACUUGUGUGUCAGACUGGGAAAUCAACCUUCUCUUACGUGUUAUGAUGAUUAUAAGCCUUGUUUGACUUUCCUAUGAUCUUUUUCUGGAACUUCAGUUAGAUACCGCCUCUUACAAAUUGAUCUUUCCCUAUCCUUAGUUCUCCCCCUAUUUUAUACUUCUUGGUUUUCCUUUUCUUAAACCUUUGUUGGAAUCUUUUUCUGAUAUACUCUUUUUUUUUUUUUAAUUUGUUUUUAUUUGAGAGGCAGAGACAGAACUCCCAUGCCUGGUUUCAUGAGUCAUAUGCCCACAAUGCACCCCAAUAGGGCCAGAAACAGGAACCAGGAGCACAAUGCAGAUUUCCCAUAUGGGUGGCAGGAACCCAAUUACUUAGCCAUCACCACUGCCUCCCACGAUCUGCAUUAGCAGGAAUGCUGGAGUCAGGAGUUGGAGGUAGUCCCAGGCACCCUGAUGUGGGACACAGGGUCCUUACCAAAGUCUUAACUGCUAGACCAAAUGCCUGCCCCUUCUUUUUUUUUUUUUUUUUUUUUUUUGACAGAAAAGUCCCUUUUCCGUUGGUUCACCCCCCAAUGGCUGCUGCAGCUGGCACAUGGUGCUGAUCCGAAGGCAGGAGCCAGGUGCUUCUCCUGGUCUCCCAUGCGGGUACAGGGCCCAAGCACUUGGGCCAUCCUCCACUGCACUCCCGGGCCACAGCAGAGAGCUGGACAGGAAGAGGAGCAACCGGGACAGAAUCUGGUGUCCUGACUGGGACUAGAAACGGGUGUGCCAGCGCCGCAGGCGGAGGAUUAACCUAUUGAGCCGUAGCGCUGGCCCUCUUUUUUUCUUUUCUUUUUUUUUUUUUUAACAUGGCAUUGGAUCUCUUUCUUCUGUACUUUAUCUCUUUGAAGAUAUUAAUGAAGUUAAUUUGGUUUAUUAUUUCCAAUAAAUAUUUAUUGUGCAGCUACCAUGCACCAGAGAGUGGUCUGAGAUACCCCAGUGACCAAGAUAAACAAAAGGCAGACCACCCCAACUGAACAGUUAUCAGUUGCCUGUCCUGGCACACUUUCACCUCCUUUUCCGUAGAAAUAGACCAUCAAGUUUCAGCUGGACACAAAGCUGUCUGUAAAAAGGACUGCAUCUGGGCUGGCAUUGUGUCAUAGCAGUUAAAGUGGCCUCUGUGAUGUUCACAUCCCAUAUAGGCACGAAUUUGUGUCCUGACUACUACACUUUGGUCCAGCUUCCUGCUAAUGGCCUGGGAAAAGCAGCAGAAGAUGGCUCAAGUGCUUGGGCGCCUCCCACCUAUCUGGGAAACCUGGAUUAAUCUCCUGGCUUCAUCCUGGCCCAACACUGGCCGUUACCACUAUCUGGGAAGUGGACCAAUGGAUGGAGGAUCUCUCCCUCCAAUGGCCGCCGUGGCUUUUUUUUUUUUUUUUUUUUUUUUUUGAUUUUUUGACAGGCAGAGUGGACAGUGAGAGAGACAGAGAGAAAGGUCUUCCUUUUUGCUGUUGGUUCACCCUCCAAUGGCCACCGCGGCUGGCGCACUGUGGCCGGCACACCGCGCUGAUCCGAUGGCAGGAGCCAAGUACUUCUCCUGGUCUCCCAUGGGGUGCAGGGCCCAAGCACUUGGGCCAUCCUCCACUGCACUCCCUGGCCACAGCAGAGAGCUGGCCUGGAAGAGGGGCAACCGGGACAGAAUCCGGCGCCCCAAAGAUCUCUCCCUCUCUCUAACUCUGACUUUUGAAAUAAGUAAAUAAAUCUUUAAAGAAAAAAAAAAGGCUCAUUCCCCAAUUAGUCUGCUGAGUGGUUAGCUGGACUCCCUCAUUUAACUCAGCAAGCUUUUCUUUUGGAAUUUGUUGAUUUCAGCCUGAGGUCUAGACUUCCCUCUCAGUUGGGUCUUGAGUUCUCAAACCCAGGGCUGCCCUAGUUUUCCUCCCUACGCUCUACAAGUACUCUGUGAUCUGAUACCUUAUUUCCUUCGUCCUCAUCUCACCACCGCCCCUCCCCUAUUCCUUAGUAAAUUGAGAACUUUUUCGCUUGCAGGAGAGGCUUUUCUUUGGCGUAGCUGAAUUGCAAGCACCACCACUCCUGCACUCUGGCCCUGUUAUUAAGUAAAAGUUACUUGAACACAAGCACUGUGACAUCAUGGCACAUAAAUGAUAAAUGAGGUGCCUACUAAGAGAGUAGCAGGAGGAUAGCACAUAGUGCAUGGAUCUGCCGCACCAAAGGAUGACUCAUCCCAGGGACAGCGUGGGUCACUGAGAUUUCUUCAUGCUGCUCUGAACAGAUGCAAUUUAAAACUUGGGAAUUAUGUCUAGAAUUUUCUGUUUAAUAUUUCUGGAUCGUGGUUGACUACAGGUCAGAAAUUGAAACUGUGGCUAGGGCGACUACUGUGUUAUUAAUCUCUUCUUGUAUUGAAUUUAUUUAUAAGUUAAUUUCUAGCAUAGGUAAUUAUGGAUAGGAAAUAACAUAGUAUAUAUAGGGCUUGGUAUUACCUGUGGUUUCAGGCCUCCACUGGGGACUCUUGGAACGUAUCUCCUACAGAUGAAGGGAGGAUUACUGUAUUUUAGUACACAUGUAUAUCUAAAACUUAGUGCGGGACAGGUGUUGUGGCACAGCAGGUUAAACCACUGCUUGGGACACCCACAUCCCAUGUCAGAGUGCCUGGGGUUAAGUCCCACCUCUGCUUCCUGUUGAGCUUCCUGCCAGUGCACCUGGGAGGCAGCAAUUGAUGGCCCAAGUACUUGGGGCCUUACCACCCAUGUGUGGUAAACCCAGUUGGAGUUCCUAGCUCCUGGCUUCAGCCUGGCCCAGUCCUGGCUGUUGUGGGCAUUUCGGGAGUAAAUCAGCGAGUAGAAGAUCUCUCAUUCUGCAUUUCAAUUAAUUAAAAAUGAAUAAACAUUAAAAAAUAAUGCCAUGUAGAAAGUCUGGUUACCAAAGCUAUUUUGAACUGGUCUGAAAUAUGUUCUUGGGGCCAGUGUUGUGGUUCAGCGGGUUAAGCUGCUGCCUGUGAUGCUGACAUCCCAUGUGAGCACCAGUUCAAUUCCUGGCUGCUCUGCUUCCUAUCCAGCUUCCUACUAAUACUCCUGGGAAAGCAGCAGAAGAUGGCUCAAGUACUUGGGCCCCCGCCAUCCACGUGGGAGACCCAAAUGGAGUUCCUGGCUCCUGGCCCAGACCUGACCAUUGGGGCCAUCUGGGGAAUGAAUCAGCAGAUGGAAAAUCUCUCUCUCUUACCCUCCCUCUCUCUGUGUCACUCUGUCUUUCCAAGGAAUAAAUCUUUUAAAAAAUAUAUAUAUUUUUUUAGUGAUAUAAAUACUUAAGUGACCUACCUUGAGAGCCAAAUGUCUCAAAUGAGAAUACUGAAAUCAUUAUAUUUUUCUCUGUACUUUUUUAUGAAUUUAGUUUUCCACUGCAUUGUAAAAAUGGGAAGUUAAAAAAAUAUUGUUAGUGGAUUUUGUCAGUGUUUAAAGCACCUAUGUUCAUCUUUGUAUUCAUAUACAUAAUUUAAAUUUUGUGACAUAAGCCUAUGAAACAAGUAGUUUUAAAAUUUAAAAUAAAAUUGCAAUGUUUUC